UAAAUGAGUGCUUAUGGAUGAGUUAGCCAUGAGUUAACUUGUUGACAGUCACAAUAAAAAUGGUGAUGAAUGUCAAACAAAACAGACCAGCCGGGAUUAAAUCUUCUUUAAGCCGCGGCGGGUAUAAGUAAUGAGAGGACAUUUAUUUUGAAAGCCCAAGCAGGAGGUGGUUGUGUCUGACCUGGCUCCGCAGCUCUCUCCUCAGUGAAGAGUAGUUUUGGAAGAGUCGACUCCGAACAGCCGAAGCUGCUAACAGCUUUUAGCUUCAGAGAACAUCUGGAGGAUCGAACAAGGAGAAAAACCGCGGUCAAAAACUCUGGAUUGCUCUUUGAAAGCAAGGAAAACCGGUGCUGGUGGAAAUAAAGCCACGCCGAAACGCCAGUAAGGAUCUCACAUUUCAUCCGUGUAGGUGGUUUCAUCAGCGGCUGUCGCGCUGUUGAUAAAGCAGUCCUAAAACAGGUUGAUAGCUGGGAUUCCCAGGGGAAAUCCAUCGAAGCAGAACAUCUGGUGAGGGAUCUUCAUACACACCGAGGCCGGACGGAGAGCCUGGUCGCUCGGAUGCUCCUCUUGGACGGCUGAUCUUCCACCAUGGAGUCGCUUCUGAGCUCCACCAUGGGAGGAAGCAGCAGCAGGAUUCCACAGCUGUGAAGAUGACACCAUGACAUUAGGAGGAACAUAUGGAUCUCCAGCACCAUAUUUCUCAUGAUGAUGCACACUCACUCUGGGAAGGAAGGCUUUGCUCCACUAUACCCCUUCCAGAAAUGUGGGACAUUAACACACUUCUCUACUGCGUCAUGGGGGUUCUAACUCAUCAGAGACGGUGCUAAUGGAGGGCGUCCCCAUGGCGAACACGUCCCUGGGCUCUGGGUCCGCGCCGCAGCCAGUCGCCCCGACAGGGAAGUCCUCAGCAAUGGCCCCAGGCCUCGGCCUACCUCUGCAGGUCUUCUUCAGCCUCGUCAUGGCAACCAUCCUACUGGUGGCCCUUGCAGGAAAUGUGGUGGUGUGCCUGAUGGUGUACCAGAGAUCCGCCAUGCGCUCCGCCAUCAACAUCCUCCUGGCCAACCUGGCGUUUGCAGACAUGAUGCUGGCCAUCCUCAACAUGCCGUUCGCUUUAGUCACUGUUAUGACCACCACCUGGAUCUUUGGGAACACUUUCUGCCGGGUGUCUGCCAUGCUCUUCUGGUUGUUUGUGAUUGAAGGUGGAGCUAUUUUGCUUAUAAUAAGCAUUGAUAGAUUUCUGAUUAUUGUCCAGAAACAAGACAAGCUCAGCCCACAGAGAGCCAAGCUGCUCAUUGUGAUCACCUGGGUGCUCUCUUCGGUUUUCUCCUCCCCUCUGGCUGUAGGUUCCCCUCGCCUGCAAAUCCCCCCCAGAGCCCCUCAGUGUGUUUUUGGUUACAGCGCUGACCCAGGAUAUCAUGCUUACGUCUUGAUCCUCAUGCUAGUUUUCUUCUUCAUACCUUUUCUGGUCAUGCUGUUCACAUUCAUGGGGAUCCUGAACACCAUCCGCCACAAUGCCAUCCGCAUCCACAGCCACCCAGACAGCAUGUGUCUGAGCCAGGCCAGCAAGCUGGGCCUGCUGAGCCUCCAGAAACCCUUCCAGAUGAACAUAGACAUGAGCUUCAAGACCCGUGCCUUCACCACCAUCCUCAUUCUUUUCUCUGUAUUUACAGUGUGUUGGGCGCCCUUUACUGCCUACAGUCUGGUGACUACUUUCAGUUUUGGCUUUUACCACAAAGACAGUUUUUUCCAAAUCAGCACGUGGCUCCUGUGGUUGUGCUACCUCAAGUCUGCCCUGAACCCUCUCAUCUACUACUGGAGGAUCAAAAAGUUCCGAGAUGCCUGCCUUGAUCUGAUGCCCAAAUACUUCAAGUUUCUUCCUCAACUGCCGGGCAACACCAAGAGACGCAUCCAGCCCAGUGCUGUGUACAUAUGUGGAGAGCAUCGCUCUGUGGUUUAAAGGGAAAAUCCACUCUUAUAAUAUUGUUAGAAACCCUACUUUGAAUCCAUGUAACUUGCAUUUGAGGUUGCUUGGUUCUUUAUUUCUCUCAGUAGAAGCUCAGGCUGAAAGUAGCACUUCUUUGAAAAGCCAGGGGGCUGAGUAGCUGCUGAAGGGACAGACUCCUAGAUCCUUAGAAGAUCUGUUUGGAGUAUUCUCAUGUGCAGUCUGAUAUGAGAGCACUGCAGUUACCCAGGGGUUUAAUCUAGGGAUGCACGCAUAUCUGAUAUUAAUACUGCUAUUAUGGGUGUUAACUGAUAUUUACAGAUAUUUUAUAUAUUAUAUGCAUUUCCAUACACUUUUGACACUGUGUAAAAGCGACCUCACAACCUACAUUGCUUUUCUACUUUAAACUCCUCAUAAUUUUUUGCUGCAUCACUGUCAAGUAAAUACUACAUAGCCAACAACCUCCCCCUCUUGAAACACACAGUCACCAAGAUGAAAGGAAAUGUUGGUCGUUUAAAUUUUUCAGCAUUUCUAUGUUUUUUUCUAGAAAACAUGGAUUUAAUCUCAAAUCUUUUUCUCAAACAUUUUUGACAGUUUGAUUCUGGUAGUGUGUGCUACCUGAACCUAAAGCCCCCACCUAAACCUAAAAUGGGGAUGAUGGUAGGAGUCCUGCAGGAUGAUGUCCUGCAAUCGGUGGUUUGCCCGUUCAAGUCCCACUCUGUCCACUUCUGUCGAUGAGUUCUUGGCUAAGAUACUUCACCUGGAUUGCUUGCUGAUGGUGUUCAGUGGUGCAUUGGCAGCCUCUGUAAGUGUGCCCUAGGGCAACUGUGGCUUACCAUCACCACUGUGUGAAAGGGUGAAUGUCUGAAUGUAGUGUGAAGUGCUUCAGUGUCCUCAGGACUUCACACUAUACAAGUACAGGUCAUUUACCAAAGCCCCCACAAUGCUGUGCUUCUAUCAGUCACCACCAUCCAAAAAGGAAAUGAGAAAGCUUGUUUCCUUUUUGAAACAAGCUUUUCCUUUUUUCAGUGACUCCUCGUCAGGAGUUGCAGCUUGCAAUUAAUCUCAUCACAUCAGAACCUGUUGUUUACAGGCUGUGUGUACAGAUGGAUGCAGUUGGAGAACAGCAGUGAUAAGUUGACAAAAGUCAACUUAUCACAGCUAUGAUAAGUUGACUUAUCAACUUACCAGUCUGUUGCUUGGUGACUGAGCAGGAAGAAGUGAUAUUCAGACCUAAACAUGUCCUUCGAGAUUAAAAUUUCUGCCAUUCAUUUCUACAAAUGCAAUCAAACUUUAAAAUGGAACAUAGAAAAAAAAAACUCCAUCACAGUGCUUCAGAAGUGAUUUGCAGUGCAGGGUGUUUGAAUGUUGGAGCAUCUUAUUUUUAUGUUGUUAGUCACUCAACUGGUACUGAAGAAGAAGCAAAUGGGAAAGAAGCAGGAAGGUGGAUCUUAAAUCCCCACUGUUGGGAGUGGGGUCUGAGUCAUUUCCUUCAGGUUUGAUGAAGAAAAUAUCAAACCAGGUAAAGAGCAGGUUAUUCACACUACAAAACUCUAAAUUUGACUGUGUGUUUUUAGUGGUUUGUGUGGUUUAAAGCCUCCCAUGCACCCACAGUGGUGGUGACAAUGUUAGGACUUUGUCUACAAAAUCGGUGGGUUGCCGGUUCAAGUUGCUCUGAAUAUCUGUUGAUGUGUGUGUUAUUCUAUCUGUCUUUGCGUUGUUGGGCAAGGUACUUUACUCACCUUGCCUGCUAAUGGUGGUCAGAUGAUGAUUAUAUUGAUUUUAAACAAAGGCAACUCAACACUGCCUUGAUUUGAAGGAACUCUGUGUUUUAACAGUUGUUCAAUUUUGAUCUUCAGUGGUUCUAACCUGUCAUUGGUUAUAAACAGGCACUGGUCCUAAGCAGUGCCUGGUUAUGGCAUAGUAUAGUAGAUGUUAGGGUUCUACUACCAUGUUUUCAGAAAUAUCCUACCUUCCAUCUUCAUGCAUGUUUACGUUUACAUCUCCCAUUGAAAUUGUUAUCUCUCCCAGUCUUAAAUCUUGAAGCUCACUGUGUUGGUGAAAGUGGAAGUGUGGUUGCAUUUUGAGUCUGAAUAUGCAUUUGAAAUUAUUCCCAGCUUGAAUUAUCAAACAACCAUUAAAAUCAUCUUAAAUCAAAGACACUUUGACACUUCAGUGGCUGCUUUUGUAUUAGAAAAGUUUUAUUCUAGUAAGAAUUGAGUCCAUGUACAGCUUUCAAGUCUAUUAUACGUUUGAACCAAAGUUGCAUUGAAACGUAAGAAACUAUAUGAGACUUUGGCCAAAAUUAAGCAAUAUGUCCACAGGCACAGGAACUGUGGUAUCUUCUCUCUUAAACAAAUUUACACAGCUGGAAUUAGACAAAAAUAGAAUAAAGCUUUGUAGGGGUCUUAUAAACAAUAAUUUUACUAUUUGAGUAUUGUAUCCAUUAUUCUGUUGAUUAAGCGAGUAACUGAAUAAAAAAUUUGACAAAAUAAAAUAUUGGCACAUACUGCCAUAACAGCAGCAUUAAUAUUAGUUAUCAACCUUGGCCCAAAUUUAUGUAUUUGUGCAUUUAUUGCAAUUACUUUCCUGUAGCUUAAAAAAUUAUAAUAACAGCUGACUAAUUUAACUUCGACAAAAAUUCUGCCAAAAUCUUAAAUUAUAUUCAGUUUAAUAAUAAAGCAGCAGGCUCACAAAGACACAUAAAAAAUGUCUAUCAUCUUCAGUCAAUUUAAUAGGUGAAGUCUCACUUUGCCCAACCACUUCUAGCUUUUGUGUCCAAGUGCACGACGGGAUUUGGCACCUUUCGUUACACACAAAAACAAGUAUGUUGCUACUCUUUUGUUGUGACUGGAAUGGUAGUAAAUUUAUUUUCUGGUUUGUCUGUAAAGCUACACUUACGCUAAGCAUCAGCUACAGGAGCCUGCUGAGUUCUGUCUAUCUGCAUCAGUCUUUGCUCCACCUGUAUUCAUAUACUCACUAUGCUCCGAACCAGCCACUAGGCAAAAGAACUGCUAUCAUACUCCAUGCCAGUGAUUUUCAUGCCAGUCUUUGGUGUCCCGAUAAACGCUAAAAGCCGGACUUUAUCAUCAAUUAAUGAAAUCCCCUUGGAUGCCUCGGAAAAACUUGAAAAUUGGAGGUUAUGCUACUAGCAUAACCUGAACAGGAGCUACAGGAAGCUGGAAGUGAGAAUGUUACGCAACAAAAAUAACCACCUGUCUGUAACACACUGCGCUAAAUAUUAAAACAUAACUUAACAAAGCUUCGAGGCAAAUAAUGUGCCUCGAGGAAUUUUAAUAAUCAAGGUACUGAAACCAUUUGAGUACCUCAAAUUAUUCUUGACAGUUUGAUCACUUUCUUCUCCACAUCUCAGCUUCUCUGGAGACCAGCAUUUAAAGAAGUAGAUUUUUCCGAAAAGCAAAUAAAAAGACUUUCUGAACCAGGAAUGCACUGAAUGACCUGUGCUCUGUGAGAGAGUAAUGUUUGGAAAGUAAAGGAGAGGCUGACUUUAUUGAUCCUGCCUGUGUCCUUGCAUUGAAAAUGAGUCAAUGGUGGGGAAACAGCGUGUACAAUAGUGGAGUUUUUUUUUGUUUUUGAAGCAUGCAAAUGAACAGCUGAAGUGCCACAGCUUAUUUCAAAUGUAUAUUUCUAUUUUAAUGUUUUUAUUGUGCCUAUUAGUUAGUCUGUUGCCAGUCAGAAUGCUGCUAUUAUCUGGUGAAAAUGUGCAAUUUUGGUGUACUGUACUGUUGAAUGUAAUAAAGACCUAGACAUUUCUUACAUU